AGAUGAAUAAUACUGCAGCCAGCCCCAUGUCUACUGCCACUUCAAGUAGUGGAAGAGGUACAGGGAAGUCUAUCAGCUUUGCAGCAGAAUUGCAGAGUAUGAUGUUUUCUUUAGGUGAUGCUAGGAGGCCUCUUCAUGAAACAGCAGUUUUGGUCGAAGAUGUAGUACACACUCAGUUAAUUAAUCUGUUACAGCAAGCUGCUGAAGUUUCUCAGCUUCGGGGAGCGAGGGUCAUCUCUGCUGAAGAUCUUCUGUUUCUGAUGCGCAAAGAUAAGAAAAAACUCAGAAGACUGCUAAAAUACAUGUUUUUCCGAGACUACAAAUCGAAGAUUGUCAAAGGCAUCGAUGAGGAUGAUCUUCUGGAAGACAAAUUGAGUGGCAGCAAUAAUGCGAACAAAAGACAAAAAAUCGCUCAAGACUUUCUCAACUCUAUUGACCAAACAGGAGAACUCUUGGCAAUGUUUGAAGAUGAUGAAAUUGAUGAAGUCAAACAAGAAAGAAUGGAGAGAGCCGAAAGACAAACUCGAAUUAUGGAUUCAGCUCAGUAUGCAGAAUUCUGUGAAAGUCGACAAUUAAGUUUCUCCAAAAAAGCCUCCAAAUUUCGAGACUGGUUGGACUGCAGCAGUAUGGAGAUAAAGCCCAAUGUUGUCGCGAUGGAGAUUUUAGCAUAUUUAGCGUACGAGACGGUGGCACAGUUGGUGGAUCUGGCACUUCUCGUGAGGCAGGACAUGGUGACCAAGGCAGGAGACCCCUUCAGCCAUGCCAUUUCUGCAACCUUCAUUCAGUAUCACAACUCUGCUGAGGGGUCUUGCAUGAAGUCCUCCCCAGACUCUCCUGAGAACACACCUCCUCCCACACCAACAGCUCCGUCAUCUGGGUCACAGCACUCGGGGAAAACCACGUCAGCGUCCCUAGGGAACGGGGGUGCCGGGCAAGACUCAGCUAAGACCAAGCAAAGGAAAAGGAAAAAGAGCACCGCGGCCUGUGGCGUUGAGGCCCACAGCGAUGCCAUCCAGCCCUGCCACAUCAGAGAGGCCGUUCGACGCUACGGCCACAAGAUUGGCCCCCUUUCCCCAUUCACAAGUGCUUACCGCAGGAAUGGGAUGGCUUUCCUGGCCUGCUGAUGUGACUGACUACAACAGGAAAGGCAGUGUUAUGUUCAGGUGAUUUCUGUUCCACUCCUUGGACAAAAUAAAAUACAAGUGAAGUGGAUUGGUUUGUUGUGACCAUCAACUGGCUGACUCCAGCCCUUUUCCAGCCCCCUCAAUGCUUAGUCUUGUUUACUAGAUGGGCCACUUAGCUAAUUAAUGGCAGGAUGUUUGGGAUGGUGUGUAGGUGGACAAGAAUGCACAUCACACAAUUCUGAAAUUUUAAUUUGGACGAGAUGUACUGCCCUCAGCUCACAUCUUAAAAGCAGUGUCUUUUUUUUUCUCUCAGUGUUUAGUCUAUGUUUUGUUUGAUGCAUUCUGUAAUCCAGAUUUGGGACAAAAAACAAAAUUAAAAGGAUGGUCGCUUUCCCCUGCACAAUCCCACCAACUUUACUUUCCGACAUCUGCUGCUGAGAUCUACGUGAUCUUAGAGACAAAUGUCCAUUUUAUACACUCACACUAAUCAGAGACCUAAUUGGCCUGAUGGACUGUCUGCUCACAUCUUCCCUGCCCUUCACUCCACGCGUAGCGUCCGUGUUGUUUCCCUGCCUUCCUCCCAACCCCCUGCGCAUCUGCCGUGUGUUUCUCUCAAGUAGACCUCUCUUCCCCAUCUUCAUUUCUCCCCUUCCCCUGUCCCUCCGAUCCCAGGCCCACCCCGACACACUCACCAUGCCCAUCUGAAAGCAAAACAAUUAGAAUCAGGAGGAGGGGAGCCCAGCGAUCUGCUUUCUCGCCUGAACCCUGGUGUGCACCGGGCAGUUUCUUGCUGGUAGCGGCUGAAUUACCCUCUGGCAUCUCUACUUUCUCUGGUGAAUGAGGAACUGUAACUCUGGGAACCAAACCAAAAUACAGCAGCUAUACACAGUUCCUGAUUCAACUUGAAUUAAAAAAAAAAAAGUUAUUUCUCUCAUUCUUUAGUAGGAGUUUUGUGUAAUUUUACUUUUAUCAUGGUUUUUACACACCCUGAAACAGCCUUUGUAAAGAAUUAAUAUAAACAGAAAUGAGAAGCAUGAAAGAUUUCCCUCCUGUGACCAGAUCAUUGUGAGGCUCAGUUAAUGUGAUUGCACUGUGUUGUUCACAUUUGUUAACUAUCAUUUACCUGUUCUAUGUUAGUCAUUCUGGAAAAAAUCUUCAUGUCAAAAACAACAAAAAAAUGCAAAUACAUAAUAUCAAAAAAUUGCCAAAGGGUUUUGAUGUUCCAUCUGUGCUUGGUGAAAUGUAUGAUUAAACUUUUCUUUUUAUCAUCA